AUGUUGGGGCGACUUCCCUCACUGAAGGCCCUCCGUGGCCUCGCCACGCGUGGCUUCGCGGCGGAGGCCAAGGCAGCUGCUGCCACCAGCGGCAAGGUCUCACAGGUCAUCGGCGCCGUGGUCGAUGUGCAGUUCGACACUGCCCUGCCACCCAUCCUGAACGCCCUCGAGGUCGAUGGUUUCGAGCAUCGCCUGGUGCUGGAGGUGGCGCAGCACUUGGGAGAGAACAUGGUUCGCACGAUUGCGAUGGAUGGAACAGAUGGGCUGACGCGCGGCCAGAAGGUCAUUGAUACUGGUGCACCCAUCACCGUGCCGGUGGGUGAGCAGACGCUUGGGCGCAUCAUCAACAUCAUCGGUGAGCCCAUCGAUGAGCUGGGCCCCAUUGACACCAAGAAGUUCUAUGCCAUCCAUCGCCCAACUCCCACGUUCACGGAGAUGAACACCUCGGCGCAGCAGCUGCUGACGGGCAUCAAGGUGGUGGACCUGCUGGCACCCUAUGCCAAGGGCGGCAAGAUCGGCCUCUUCGGCGGUGCAGGUGUCGGCAAGACGGUGGUGAUCAUGGAACUGAUCCACAACAUCGCUCUCAAGCACGGUGGUUACAGCGUCUUCGCGGGCGUAGGCGAGCGCACGCGCGAGGGCAACGACCUGUACCAUGAGAUGAUGGCCAGCGGAGUGAUCAAGAAGGACAAGGCCCCUGGAUCCAAGGCCGCGCUCGUGUACGGCCAGAUGAACGAGCCUCCUGGAGCGCGCGCCCGCGUCGCCCUGACCGGCCUGACCGUGGCGGAGUAUUUCCGAGAUGAGGAGGGACAGGACGUGCUGCUCUUCGUGGACAACAUCUUCCGCUUCACCCAAGCCGGAUCCGAGGUGUCGGCCCUCCUUGGACGUAUCCCUAGCGCGGUCGGCUACCAGCCGACUCUGGCAACGGACUUGGCCUCUCUGCAGGAGCGGAUUACCACCACGCGGAAGGGCUCCAUCACGUCUGUGCAGGCCGUGUACGUGCCAGCGGAUGACCUUACCGACCCAGCGCCGGCCACGACCUUCGCCCACUUGGAUGCCACGACGGUGUUGUCGCGGCAGAUUGCCGAGUUGGGCAUCUACCCCGCAGUGGAUCCUCUGGACUCAACCUCCCGUAUGUUGGACCCAUCCAUCGUGGGCCAGCGCCACUACGACAUCGCACGAAGCACGCAGAAGAUCCUCCAAGACUAUAAGUCCCUCCAGGACAUCAUUGCCAUCCUUGGUAUGGACGAGCUUAGCGAGGAAGACAAGCUCACGGUCGCGCGAGCCCGCAAGGUGCAGCGCUUCCUCUCGCAGCCCUUCUUUGUGGCCGAGAUCUUCACUGGCACUCCGGGGGCCUUCGUGGACUUGGAGACCACGAUCAACGACUUCGAAGAAGUUUUGUCCGGAAACUGCGACGACAUCCCCGAGGCGGCCUUCUACAUGAUCGGUGGAAUGUCCGAUGUCCGAGAGAAGGCGGCGAAGCUGGCUGCUGUGGCUGCUGGAAAGUGA